UUUAAGGUGCUAAUGACCACAGGUGGGCAGAUGGUACAUUAAUGGUGUUGCUGGCUUCAGCUGCUUUUCCCCCAGUGGGAUUCCUGCUCAAGCCUGGCCUCAAACUACCUCUGCUAAUCCCACCAGAGCAAAGGAAGAGGAUCUGCUGUGCACACACACCUGCCUACCUGUCAGCUGGCAGUGGAGUGAAACACCUGAGCGGACCAACAGCAGAUCUCGCACCAUGGACUUCCUUUUGCAGUUCGCGUUCACCCCUCUCCCGACCCCGGCCAUCAUCUCCCUGUUUGCCGUGGCGGCUGCCACCCUGUUUUACCUCAACACGCGGCCAAACCCUGUGCGGACUCCCGUGGACCUCAACUGUCAGACUACAGGCGUCAAGGAUGGAGCCAGGAAAGCUGCUUUCAUGGAGGAUAACAACAACCUGGUAUCGUCGUGCUCUAAAGAUGCGACCACGCUCUACGAGGUUUUUCAGAAGGGUCUGAAAGUUUCAGGUAACGGACCAUGCUUGGGCUACAGAAAACCAGGCAGGCCGUACCAGUGGCUGAAGUACAAACAGGUGUCUGACAGAGCAGAGUACUUGGGUUCAGGGCUUCUUCAUAAAGGUUUGAACCCCAACGCGGACACCUUCAUCGGCAUCUUUGCUCAGAACAGACCCGAGUGGAUUAUUAGCGAACUGGCCUGUUACACCUACUCCAUGGUAGCGGUUCCCCUGUACGACACCCUGGGUCCUGAAGCUCUUGUUUUCAUCAUCGACCAAGCCGAGAUCUCCACGGUGCUUUGUGACAAUCAAAACAAAGCAGAAACGCUGCUGCAGACACGGGAGAAAGGCCAGACCCCGGUCCUCAAAACUGUCGUCAUCAUGGACCCUUUCAACUCCGAGUUGGUCGAGCGAGGAACAAAGUGUGGGGUGGAAAUCGUCUCUCUGGAGGACGUGGAGGCUCUGGGGAAAAGUAAGCUUCAAAAGCCAGUUCCACCAAAGCCUGAGGACCUCAGUAUCGUUUGUUUCACCAGUGGCACCACAGGAAACCCCAAAGGAGCCAUGCUGACCCAUGAGAACGUGGUCUCAGACGCUGCAGGUGUCGUCAAAGGCUUUGAGUCGGCAGUUGUUCCAAAUACCCAGGAUGUCAGCAUUUCAUUCCUGCCUUUAGCGCACAUGUUCGAAAGAGUCGUACAGACGGUGUUGUACGGUGCUGGAGCGAGGGUGGGAUUCUUCCAGGGUGACAUCAGACUGCUGCCAGAUGACAUGAAAACUCUGCAGCCCACCAUUUUCCCAGUCGUGCCUCGACUCCUCAACCGCGUCUACGACAAAGUUCAGAGCGGAGCCAAAUCGCCUUUCAAGAAAUGGCUGCUGAACUUCGCCGUGGACAGGAAAUACGCCGAGGUGAAGGAAGGCAUCAUCAGGAACAACAGCAUUUGGGACAAACUCAUCUUCUAUAAAGUGCAGGAAUCUCUCGGGGGACGAGUCCGGGUCAUGGUGACCGGAGCAGCCCCCAUUUCUCCCUCUGUUCUCAACUUCCUCAGAGCUUCUCUGGGCUGCCAGAUCUUUGAAGCGUACGGUCAGACUGAGUGCACAGCCGGCUGCACUAUCACCAUGCCGGGAGACGCCACCUCAGGACAUGUUGGCGUGCCACUGCCUUGUAAUUUUGUGAAGCUGGUGGAUGUUGAAGAAAUGAACUACUUUGCUUCGAAUGGCGAAGGAGAGGUCUGCAUCAAGGGUAAAAAUGUGUUCAAGGGAUACUUGAAAGAUCCAGCGAAGACUGCAGAGGCCCUGGAUGAAGACGGCUGGCUCCACACUGGAGACAUCGGAAAAUGGCUGCCGAGCGGCGUUCUGAAGAUCAUCGACCGCAAGAAGAACAUCUUCAAGCUGGCUCAAGGCGAGUACAUCGCACCGGAGAAGAUUGAAAACGUGUACGUACGCAGCGGACCUGUGGCACAAGUGUUUGUGCAUGGAGACAGCCUGCAGGCCUGCCUGGUUGCCAUUGUGGUUCCUGACCCUGAAGUCCUGCCGGGUUUUGCCAAAAAUCUGGGAUGUCACGGCUCCAUCGAAGAACUCUGCAAAAACACAGAAAUUAAUAAGGCAGUUCUUUCAGACAUGACUAAACUGGGCAAAGAAGCAGGACUGAAGUCCUUCGAGCAGGUGAAGGCCGUUUACCUCCACCCAGAGCUGUUCACCAUCGAGAACGGCCUCCUAACUCCGACUCUGAAAGCCAAGAGGGCCGAGCUGAAAAACCUCUUCCAGCCACAGAUCGAUAAACUGUACGCUAGCAUCUAAUAAAUGGGAUGAAACUCCG